AAAAUACUUAAUACUUUAGAGCAUCUUUCGCUUGGCCUCCGCCCUAGAAGGAAAUCCUUGAACCGAAGAAGCUUCGUUCGUCGAAGCCGUCUCACCGCGGUCGGUUCGGAAUCCGGCGCCGGAUUUUGAGGCUGAAGCUGUUUUUGAUCGGAAGUUUAUUAAGAUGAGAGUGAGACGGUUGGAUCGCAGAGGACGCUCUGGUUAUAGAGGCUUACCCAAUCAAUUGGUGGAUAGGGGUUCACCUGCGGAUCAGGAGAGUCAGUCCACGCAUGAUGAUUGUGAUGACAGUUCACCUUAUUCAACACAGCCUGCUCUAAAACCUGUUACAUUUACACCUGCUGUACUGUCCCGUCCAAUAUCAACAUCUGCUGGUCAUGCAGAAGUUGAAUCCUCAUCAUCUUCCAUUUCUACUCCUUGUGCUAGUGGAGACACUACUCCUGAUGCUGACCCUCCUACUACUAGUGAAACUCGGACAUUAUCCAUGGAUGGUUUGGCCUUUGCUAGUGAAUUGAAGAGGCCAUGUAUACAACUAGUGAAUGGAGUGUUGCAUCCUUCUGAUGUUUGUGCUCGAAAGAUCACAUCCAUCUUUAAAGAAAGAAUGGAUGACAGUGGAUAUUGUUGGAAGAAUGUUUCCAAAAAGACAAAAGAUCUUUAUUGGAAUAAAUUUCAGAAACACUUCAUGUGGGAUGAGUCGAUAUCAUCCGUUAUCAAGAUGGCAUGGCAGCGUAAGGCUGCAGAGCGCUAUAGAGCACUAAUGUGUAGUUUAAGAAAAAAAAAAGACAAAACCAUACAUGUGAGUGAUUCUACAUGGCAAAUAUGGAAUGAAGCAUGGAAUUCUCCAGAAUUUAAAGCUCGGAGCUUGAAAUUCACUGCAAACCGACUCACUGAGAUUGGAGGGCCUGGGUCCGGUAUAUCACGACACACGGGAGGCUCUAUUUCCCACACAUGCCAUGCGGAAAGAUUGCGAUCGAAGCUUGGCCGAGACCCUCUUCCUUAUGAACUUUUCGAAGUGACCCAUACGAGGAAGGGUACCUCUAAGCUUGUUGAUGCACGAGCUGAGACUAUUAAGGAUCGUUAUUUGGACCUUGUAAUGCAGUCAUCUCAAACACAGAAAGGAGAUAGUGAGGUCCCUAUCGUGAACAAAGCAGCUCUAUACUAUCAAGCUGUGGGGGGAGAAAAGAAGCAUCGAGUUUAUGGAGUAGGAUCACAGGCAUUUGUCUUUUACCCUCAGUCAUCUCAGACAUUGUCCGCAAGGACAUCAUCUGAGAUGUUGCAAACUGAGAUUAGACGACUUCGUCAGACUGUUGAUCAGUUACAAGAAAGUAAUAAGGAGCUUCGACAGAGUCUACUUCAGAUGAGGGAGGAGCAAGGUCAAUAUCAUGAGGAUAUAAUGUGUCAAAUGCAAGAGAUGAUGAUGCAGUUAGAAGCUAGGUUCCUUCAGCGCUCACAAUCUACUACUCAGGAUUCAACCUAUUAAUGAUGAUCAUGGUGUUGAUCAUUUAGGUCAUUUGUAGUUUUCUUUGUUAUUUAUCACUCUGUUUUGUUGAACAAAUUUAUUUGAACACUUGCGAUCUAUAUGAAUUAAUGAUAUUAUUAAUGGUUAGUAUA